UAAGGAACCAGCUCAAGCUCAAAGCUCCAGAGCCUCGUCCCAAGACUCCCACGCGCACAAUCGCAAACACACGCCUCAAAGAAGCGGCCAUGGCGUCGUCGAGCUUCAAGGUGACGCGGAUCUCGGAGGGCGCGGUGAAGCCGGCGUCGGAGACGCCCGACCACACGCUGCCGCUGGCGUGGGUGGACCGGUACCCGACCCACCGCGGCCUGGUGGAGUCGAUGCACAUCUUCCGGUCCGGCGCCGACGCGGCCCCCGGCGUGAUCCGCGAGGCGCUGGGCAAGGCGCUGGCCUUCUUCUACCCGCUGGCGGGGCGCAUCGUGGAGCAGCCGGAGAAGGGGUGCCCCGCCAUCCGCUGCACCGCCGACGGCGUCUACUUCGCGGAGGCCGUCGCCGAGUGCAGCCUGGAGGACGUCCGGUUCCUGGAGCGCCCCCUGCUGCUCCCCAAGGAGGACCUCGUCCCCUACCCCGCCGCCGAUCUCUGGGCCGUCGAGCCCCACAACACCAUCAUGAUGAUGCAGAUCACGAAAUUCACAUGCGGCGGGUUCGUGAUGGGCCUCCGGUUCAACCACGCGUCGGCGGACGGCAUGGGCGCGGCGCAGUUCAUCAAGGCGGUCGGCGACAUGGCCCGGGGGCUCCCGGAGCCGACGGUGAAGCCGGUGUGGGACAGGGAGAAGUUCCCCAACCCGAGCAUCAAGCCGGGCCCUCUCCCGGAGCUCCCGGUGCUGGCGCUGGACUACAUCGUGCUCGACUUCCCCACGGGCUACAUCGACGGGCUCAAGACGCAGUACAAGGCGCACAGCGGCAAGUUCUGCUCCGGCUUCGACGUGCUGACGGCCAAGCUGUGGCAGUGCCGUACCCGGGCGCUGAACCUGGAGCCGGACGCCACGGUGAAGCUGUGCUUCUUCGCCAGCGUGCGCCACCUGCUGAAGCUGGACGCCGGGUACUACGGCAACUCCAUCUUCCCCGUGAAGAUGUCCGGGACGAGCAAGAAGGUGCUGGAGUCGUCGGUGAUGGAGGUGAUCGACAUGAUCCGGGAGGCCAAGCAGCGGAUGGCGGUGGAGUUCUUCCAGUUCGCCAAGGAGGAGACGCGGCAGGACCCCUUCCAGAUGACCUUCGACUACGAGUCCAUCUACGUCUCCGACUGGAGCAAGCUGGGGUUCUCCGACGUGGACUACGGCUUCGGCCCGCCCAUGUUCGCCGGACCGCUCGUCAACAACGACUUCAUCGCCUCCGUCGUCAUCCUCAAGGCGCCGCUGCCGCUGGACGGCACCAGGAUGCUCGCCAGCUGCGUCACCAAGGAGCACUCGCAGGAGUUCGCCCGCGGCAUGAAGGAGGACCUGCCAUGAGCGAGCGACUUCCCUUUGCUGGACCGGAGAAAAUCUUCGCGUCGUGGAGCUGCUGAUACGGUUGUUUGGUUGAUAUCGUUGCUGCUAAUGUUGUUGUAUUUGUACCUGUUCUGGUGUACUGCUGCUCUCGUUUUCGCUGUACUUACUUUGUUUCUACAUCUUGAGCAAUACGUUACUAUUCUUAUUAGAAACCUAGGCAGCCGAUUUGAUUUUUUUAAUCAUUUGAUACGAGACAAUAAAAAUGAUAUAUACCUGUAUUUGAUUAUAUUUGAUUGA